CCAUCGCCCGCCUAGCUCAAUCGGAUAGAGCGUCAGACUCUUACGUUAGGCGGUCCGUUGCCGGCGAAUCUGAAGGCUGCGAGUUCGACCCUCGCGGUGGGCUAUCUCUCGGUGGUUGUCAAUUUUUUUUUCUGAUCCUUCUCUCGGUUUUCGACUUGGUGCGCCUUCAUCGUUUUCAAUGGACUCUUCCGCGGCGUGUUCAACCCUUCCUUCGCGCUCUGCGAUCUUGUGUCUAUCAUGUGCAGCGGCGGUCGCUUGUCCAUCGUAUCCAGCGAUCACAUGUUCAUCAUGUCCGCCAUCGCCUCUCUUCGCAUCCAUCUUCGUUAUAUCUCGCAUACAACCUCGUUCUCCUUCGCCUACACCGGUUGCUUCUCCUAUAUCCCCACCGGUUGCUCCUCCUUCGCCUCUAAUCUCGUUCUCCUAUAUCCCCACUGGUAACUUUCGUCCCCACUUGUCGCUUCUCCUUCACCCUCAGCCUUAUUCCUUCGUUCCCAUCGGUUGCUUUUCCUUCGCCUCUAACCUCGUUCUCCAUCACCUUCGUCCCCACUGGUCACUGAGUCACUCGCUCGCCACUGGCUUCCUUCGCGCUCGCUCGUCACUGGUCACGGGGUCACUCGCUGUCGUUCUGUGGGAGGGGUAAGGAGGAGGGAAUAGUUGGAUUUGUGCGGGUGGGAGGGAGAAGGGAGGGAGGGGGAGGGUGGGUGGGGUGCACGCAGGGAGAAGGGAGGGAGGGCAAGAUGUGCGGGUGGGAGGGUUCGGUGGAUGUCGAGAAGAGGAAGGGCUAGUGGAGAAUAAUGCGGGAAGAGCCCGCGCGAAGGAGGGAUCGCAGGGAUCAGCACGAAGGAAGUCUC